AUGCGGGAUUGGCGCUCCGUCGUCAUGUACAGCUACCCGGGCGCUUUUGUCGAAACCGCCGCGGAGUUGACGAGGAUGUACCAGGAGCAGGGCUGCGAUGUGAUGAUAACUGGACAUUCGCUUGGAGGAUACCUUGCCGAAGUGGUCGCAACGUCCGUGGGUCUUCCUGGAGCCGGCUUUUGCUCACCUGGCCCCGGAUUCCACAACGGCCCCGGGACAGGGUUCGGCUUCGUCACGGUGAACCACGAGGCGGAUUCCAUUGGAAAUCACAACCACGCCUUCCACGUCAAGCCGCCUGUGUACAUACUUGAUGGCGGAUUGCUCAUGUUCCCCUGGACGGCGCACUCGAUGGCCGAAAUGGCCAAGCACAUGUCGAAGCGAGAGGAUUGGACGAACCUCAACGCGGUCGCCAAGUGCAGCGCUGAACGUCCGCGGAUUCCUGUCCGAGUCUUCGAAGGUCCUCGCUCAAGGCGGGACUGA